GAUAGUAGUGAACUUUAUAUAAAUUUGAGUAGGAAUACAGCUGAGGAUCCAGAGAUUGCACAUCCUUCCACACAGGCACAAUGUCAACCUACAAGGUGACUGUAUAUACUGGUAGAGAGGCGAUUGCUGAUACAAUGAACAGCAUUUACCUGACGCUGAUGGACUCAGAGAAGCAGAGCAGUGAAAGAACCCUGGUGAAUCACCUGUCUUCUACUUUUGAAAAGGAGUUCUCCCUUGACAUCCAAGUGAAGAAGAAAAUCGGAAACAUUGUCCAGGUGAAACUUAAAAAGGAGAAACAUCUUGUCAAUUAUCCAUGGUUCUGUAAGCAUAUCAAAGUGCAAUCACCCUCUGGAGACUGCUUUGAGUUCCCCUGUUACUGCUGGUUAGUGGAUGAAAAUGAACUGAUGAUCCGAGAAGGCACUGGUACGUACAGACCCACUUUGUUCAUUAUCCAGUUUUUAAUGAAGCAUUCGUUCGUUCAUCUAUUUCUUUGUGUUCAUUUAGCUCGACUGCCUCAGGAUGACACCAAAUCUUUUCAAGAGCAAAGAAAAGAUGAACUAGAAUCUAGACAGAAAAUAUUCAGAUGGAACGAGUGGAGGCCGGGCUUUCCUAUGAGCAUAGAUACCACAGUGGAUGAACUUCCUAAAGAAGUUCAGUUUGAUGAAGAAAAAGAUUUAGACUGGUAUUGCAAUUUAGUGGAAGUGGGGGUGUAUUUAGGUCUUGAGAAAUUUGUCGGUCUCUUUGAGUCCUGGAAAGGCAUUGCGGAUUUUGAAAAGAUACUUGAGUAUUUGGGAACUCUGGGCCACAAGACUGCAGUACUAGAGAACGUGAUGCAAGACUGGAAUAAAGAUUACAUGUUUGGCUAUCAGUUUUUGAACGGCUGCAAUCCUGUCAUGAUCAGGAAGUGCAUGCAACUUCCAGACAAAUUUCCAGUCACACAUGAGAUGGUCGAGGGCUCUCUGAAGAGAGGACACACACUACAAGAGGAAUUACAGGCAGGAAACAUCUACAUAGCAGAUUAUGAAAUACUAAAGGACGUGCCAGCAGCCAGUAAGCGCUAUCUGACUGCACCCAUCUGCCUGCUGUACAAGAAUGAUCUGAACCAAAUUGUGCCAAUCGCCAUUCAGCUCAGUCAAACCCCAGGGGAAAUGAGCCCAAUCUUUCUCCCAAGCGAUAAUGAAUAUGACUGGAUGCUUGCCAAGAUGUGGGUAAAAUCUUCCGACUUCAAUGUACACCAGCUGGUCACACAUCUCCUCAAGACACAUCUGGUGUCAGAGGUUUUUGAAAUUGCCAUGUACAGACAGCUUUCUUCCGUCCAUCCCGUAUACAAGUUAUUGAUGCCUCAUGUUCGUUUCACAAUUGCAAUCAAUGCAGAGGCUCGUGAAAAGCUCAUCAGUAAAAACGGGAUCUUCAGCAAGGUUGGUAGCAUCAGUGUAGAUGGUAUGGGGACACUGAUGCAAAAUGGCAUGACUUUAACCUACAAGUCCCUGUGCUUCCCUGAGGAGAUAAAAGCUCGAGGAAUGGAAGAUGUGCCCAAGUACUAUUACAGAGAUGAUGGCAUGAGGAUCUGGGAGGCAAUAAACUGCUUUGUUUUUGCUGUGGUCAAGAUCUACUAUGACAGCGAUGAGAAGGUUCAACAAGAUGAGGAGAUUCAAGGAUUUGUGAAGGAUGUUGCCUGCUUUGGCAUGAAUAACUCUGACAGAGCUGCAGGCCGAGAUCGGACGAGAGAGUGUGGCUGUCCUUCUCUUUGGUGGUGGUGUUUCCUCAAGGGUAGCAGUGGCUUGCUGAGUGCACGAGGCUUUUCUGCUGACUUUCCAAAGUCUCUAGAAUCUCGAGAGCAGUUGGUCGAGUACCUGACUGUCGUGAUUUUCACAGCUUCAGCACAACAUGCUGCUGUCAACUUUGGACAGUUUGACUGGUACGCCUGGAUCCCCAACAGUCCUUCCACCAUGCGCAAGCCGCCUCCCCAAAAGAAGGGCCAAGUGGAUAUGAAGCAUAUCAUGCAGAGUCUGCCUGACCGAGAUUGUUCCAGCACGGUUCUGGGAACAGUUUGGGCCCUCAGUCAGAUCCAGGAGAAUGAGCGGUUCUUAGGCAAGUAUCCAGAUGUGUACUUCACAGAGCAACCAGUGAAGGAAGCCAUAAAUACUUUCUGCCACAAACUACAAGAGGUGACCAACAUCAUCAAGAGCCGGAAUGAAGAAUUAACAUUAGCCUAUUGUUAUCUGUCCCCAGACAAAAUCCCCAACAGUGUUGCAAUUUGAGAAAAUAUUUGAAGAACCCUUUUGCCCAGCAUUUAUAGCCAAUGCAUGCUUGACAUAGACAGAAGGAAGAACAGCUCUACUCAAAAUAGAAAAUAUUGUAGAACAGAGCAUUAUGCCUUUUAAGGCACUUUUUAGAAAUGUUUGAUUGAACGCUGCUGUUGGGAAGUAAGGGAUAUUACUUUGUAAAGCCUAAAUCUGUAUGUAUCUGAGAGUUGAUUGUCAGGAAAACAGAACACUUAAUUUGGCUAUGAUUUCAAAAAGCACCCAUAGGCUUGUGUUACAGAAAUAAAUGUGUAUUCAUACAUCCAUA